GAAGAGGCUGAGCAUGUGGAACCGCACUGGGAAGUAUCACAAAGAACGAAGGGGGACGUGUCCCGGAGUCCUGAGGAGAGGCAGCAGGGAAACCAGUCAGGGGAGAAAAUGGGCAAAUCCAUCAAUUGUGAGGAAAAUCACAAGGACCUCCAGGAAACCACAGCCCAGCAGAGAAUCCUCAUGGGAGAGAGGAAACACAUAUGCCCUGAGUGUGGGAGAAACUUCAGUAGACGCUCACACCUUAUUCACCAUGAGCGAAUCCACACAGGAGAGAGACCCUAUGAAUGCUGUGAGUGUGGGAAAAACUUCACUCGGCGCUCAGACCUUAUUAGACACCAGAAAACCCACACAGACGAGAGCCCCUAUGAAUGUUGUGAGUGCGGGAAAGCCUUCAUUUACUGCUCAGACCUGAGGAGGCAUCAGAGGAUCCACAGGAGACAGAGACCCUAUGAAUGCUGUGAGUGCGGGAAAAGCUUCCAUCAGGGGUCACACCUUAUUUAUCAUCAGAGAAUCCACCAGGGAGAUAAACACCAUAAAAUCCUUGUGUAGGGCUGGCAAAACAUACAUUUUUCUUUAAUAUUUUUGGUACUUCCCACACGUGGCCUUUAAGGCUGUUAGUGCCAUUUACAUCAUUGUGGUCUCAGCUCCCCCAUGUGAAUUGUCCGGUUCUGCUUUUAGCAGAUAGCCCUUCUUUGGGGGGAUCCCCAAAGCCCCGUUCUGCCAGCUGCUUUGUUCUAUGAGUCGUGGGAGUGUGAGUCCAUCUUACUAGGAAUGUGCAUCAGCCCCAGUGGGGGGAACACGAAUUACCUCAGUUAGUUGCAUUGUGGUAAAAUCUACCUGGGCCUUGGCUCCAUUUGCAUUUUUUGCAGUUAGCCAUCU